AUGGCAUCUGCAGACACUAGAGGUCUUUCUCUUUUACACAAUUAUGGUGCAGUGGCUAUGAUUUUGAUCAUUUAUCUAGUCAUAUGCCAUAGUUCAGCUAUAGAAGCGAGGAAUUUUGAUGUUAAUGGUGGAUUUAGUGUCAAACUUAUUCGCCGAAAUUCUCUAAAUUCACCACUUAACAAUCAUAAUUAUAAAAUUUCUCGACGUCUUAUAGAAGAAAGCACCCCACAAUCAGAACUAAAGCGUGACAAGGAGGGCGGUGAGGGUGCACAACUUAUGAAGCUCUCUCUUGGAACUCCAUCCUAUGAGAUUUAUGCAGUGGCGGAUACAGGAAGUACGUUGUUGUGGACGCAAUGUGAGCCAUGUCCGACUUGCUACAAGCAGAAAAAUCCCAAGUUCGACCCGAAGAAGUCCUCAUCGUAUGCCACCCUUCCAUGUACUGCACACGAAUGUAGUUAUGCUAACGACACUGGCUACACCUCUUGCUCAAAUGAUGAUCAAAAGGUUUGCAACUACAAUUACACUUACAUGGAUGAUUCCAUAACGCAAGGGGUGAUGUCGAAAGAGACGAUCACGUUUGGAUCCAGCUCUGGGAAGCCGGUUUCAUUCAAAGACGUUGUGUUUGGCUGUGGACACAACAACACCGGGGAAACUUUCGCCGAAAAUGAAAUGGGAAUAGUAGGGCUUGGAGCUGGGAAUUUAUCUAUUAUUUCUCAACUUGCUCCUCACGUUGGAGGCAAGAAAUUCUCACAUUGUCUCGUACCCUUCAAUCCGGAUCAUCCCAAUGAUGCAAGCAUCAUGAGUUUUGGGAAGGGGAGUGAGGUUUCGGGUGAAGGUGUGGUUUCGACGCCUUUGAUCACUAAAGCAGACAAAAACCAAUAUUUCGUCACCGUUGAAGGAUUCAGCGUCGGAGAACAGUUUGUGCCAUUUAACUCAUCAGGGUCGGUUUCAAAAGGGAACAUGUAUCUUGACUCGGGAACACAAGUGACAAUGCUGCCACAAGAUUUUUACGGCAGAUUGGUAGAACAAGUAAAGAAGGUGAUGAAUUCGUCGCUAAAACCAGUCGAAGUACACGAUGAGUCUGGAACUGUGCUUUGCUACAACACCACGGAGAAUCUCAAAGCACCAUUAUUGACGGUUCAUUUUGACGGCGGUGCUAAAUUGCAGUUGUCACCGGCACAAACUUUCUAUCAAAACAAACAAUAUAAAUUACACUGCUUUGGAACGCUUAACGCAAGUGAUACAAUAGAUGAAGGAGUUGGCCUCUAUGGAAGCUAUGCUCAGUCAAAUUUUUUGAUUGGUUUUGAUCUUGAAAAAAUGUUGGUCUCCUUCAAGGCAGUUGAUUGCAGAAAAACUAGCAGUACUAGUCCUAGCCCUAGUCCUAUUCCUAAUAGUGCUUUUGCUAUUCAUUUCUCUUAUUUCUUCAACUACGUUUUCAGUUUUAUUUUGAUUGUAAUUUUGUACUUGUAGGAAAUUAACUAGCCGAAGGAGCUUGGGUAUAAAAAAAAUGAAUCAUUAAAAUGUUUCGUGUAUGAGGGGGAAGUGAACUUAGGAUCUCGGAU